AUACCGUCUUCACGCAUGCCCACUAAUCCGCUCACCACCACGUCUCAGUUGCCAAAAAAACAUCACGUCUCCAACUCCAACCAUAGCGCCCCCUCUCCACCAGCCGCCAGAGAACUCCUCCCUGUUCCCAUCGCCGCCGCCGCCGCCCACCGCUCCUCCUCUCCUCUGCUACCCCAGGCGCGAGGAACCAACCUCCCGAAGCAACCAGAGCGGCAAAGCGGCAGAGGAAUUGAGAGAUGGCGUUUGCGGCGGCGGGGAAGGAGAAGGGGCGGGCGUCCUACAUCCGGAUCAAGCACGGGGGAGGAGCGGCGCGAGGCAUCCUGGAAGGAGCCCGAGGGCCGGGUCUUCUCCGCCACCACGCGCACCGAUGUCGCCACGCGCCUUGGCGACCUCCGCGACCAGAUCCUCGUCGGUUGCACCUCCUUCGCCGACCUCGCCGCACAGCACUCCAGCUGCUCCUCCGCCCGCCACGGCAACGACCUAGUGCAUCUGGUAGAACCAAUCGAUUUGCAGAAUAUGGCAUGAACCGGAAGGGUAAUCGGUGCCGCCACCGGAAGGCUCGGCAGUGCUAAUCGCUGGAACUACACUACCGGCAGUGCCAUCCAAUCCUCAGAGACGCUCAAGGUAUAUACAAUGUACACACAAAGGGGUCCACAUGCAAUUAUCUAAUUAUUGGAUGCAUCAGAUUAAUGUGCUUAAUGAAUCACAUGUUUAUACUUGAGACAAAUGAAUGUAUUAAUGGUUAGUAAUUUUUUUAACUAUCCUUUUUACAUGGCUUCUAAGCUCUUUGAAAGUUUAGGACACAAUAGGAAGUCAUAUUACAGCGGUUUCCAGUUAAUAACAAAGCUGAAAGCACAAUCUCUAUUUUUUGAGGGCAGCAAAAUUGUUUUCUAGAACUGAUAGUUUCUUCAGUAUUUUUUUAGUUUGCUUUCUGUUACUUUAUAACUGAAUAUGAAUAUGCAGUUACCUUAUUUUUCUUUUAUGUGAUAUGUGAGUAUAUAGCAGUUAGCUGCAUGGUUUAUUGUGGUUUCAAGCUCAACUUUUGUGUUAUCUAGAUGCAGUACUAGGACUGGUUGUUGACCAAAGAGAUGAUAUGACCAUCAGUUUAUGGCCUUUUUGAGCUUGAUGUCUUCUAUAUUGGAGAAUGAAGUCUUCGGCAUGUACACUGUGUAAACAAUCAUUGGAAAAGGCGAGAGGAAGAUAAGAGGAGCAUAUAGAAGUUUGUGAUUUGUAUAGGAGGCCUUGUUGAUAUGAUUUAUUUUCCUGAUGGUAUAUAUAUUCAUCUCAUUAGGAAGGCAUUGUUGUGUGGCUUUGGUCUUCCUAAAAUUUUCUGUGGAUUUUUUUCUUUUCUUUUUAGCUUUGUGAAACAAUGACUAUCCUAGCACAAGAUCUAAUCAUGGGAAUUUCCUUAUUGUACAGUUUUCCAUUUUUAAAUAUUAGACCAUUCUUCA